CUUAAUAAACUUCACCAACACCUCUCUCUCUCUACACUCAACAAGAUAUAUCAUGUCAUCUCCUAGAGAUAGAGGGAAAAGCUUGAUGGAAUCAUCAGGAUCAGAGCCACCGGUGACACCAAGCCGUUACGAAUCACAGAAGAGGCGCGACUGGAACACUUUCGGACAGUACCUGAAGAACCAGAGACCAUCCGUGCCGAUGUCUCACUGCAGCUGCAACCACGUGCUUGAUUUUCUCAGGUACUUAGACCAGUUCGGUAAGACAAAGGUGCACGUUCCUGGAUGUAUGUUCUACGGCCAGCCUGAGCCACCAGCUCCUUGCACGUGCCCUCUCAGACAAGCUUGGGGGAGUCUUGAUGCUUUGAUCGGACGGCUGAGAGCGGCUUACGAGGAGAACGGUGGAUCUCCGGAGACAAACCCUUUCGCUAGUGGAGCGAUAAGGGUUUAUCUGAGGGAGGUUAGGGAGUGUCAGGCCAAGGCUAGAGGGAUUCCUUACAAGAAGAAGAAGAAGAAGAAGCCAACAACAGAGAUGGGUGGUGGAGGAGACGACUCUUCCUCUUCCUCCUCUUCCUUCAGCUUCUGUUAAGAUUCUCCUUCUUGGUGAAAGACUUUGUGGAUCAAUAAAAUCUCAGAGAGGGAUCAAAUGUAAAAGAGAGCUCAAAUCUAUCUACUGAUGAUCAAGAAGUCAAAGUAAAGUGUUAUCUUCAACAUACAUUUCGGCCCAUUCUAGCCGAUCUUCAUCCACUCCUUCAUUUCUGUAGCUAUCGAUCGAUUAUAUAUCUUCAUCUUUAUUCUCUUAUUAAGCUCUUUUUGAAUAAGUAAGUGUAUAGAUUUUAUAUACUUAAGACAAGUUUGUAAGACAAGUUUGUUUUGUACUUCUAUGUCUUCUAUAAGUACAACAUAUUGUUUUUAAA